AUGACCACCACCACAAACAACGACCAAAGCAGCCUUGAUGCUGUUUUGCAACUACUAUCUUCAUUGACGCUAUCAAAUGACGAGGCGCAAACCCUCAUCCAAGUGAUUUCUGAUGGUAGUGGAGGCCCUCCUGUCAUGUCGUCUGCAACUCCUACGGCGGCCGUCAUCCCAGCGGCUACAUUGGCUCCUGCGGUAACCGUCAUCAGUCCCCCUCCUGCAGUAGCCGUCAUCACCCCCCGUUCUGCAGUAGCUGUCGUCAGCCCUCCUGCAGUAGCUGUCGAGACUCAGGCCGCUGCAUUUGUGCAGUUUGUCGGUUUCCCGCAUCUUCCAAUGACAGCUGUCAUUGUCAACGGCGAGACAAGGGGCCAGCAGCAAUAUCGCGAUUUCAGCUUCGAUGUUCCGCGUGCUGGGGCCCUUGGUCCUUUCUACCUUGUCACCCGCGGCCGCCGGGUAGGAGUCUUCGAGACCUGGCAGCGCACAUCCCCGCAUGUCCUCGGUGUUAGCUGUUCGUCCUUCAGCUGCUGCAAGUCCCUUGAUGACAGCCUGGUGCGCAUGCUCGAUGCCAUUGACCUCGGAGAAGCGCAAUGGUUGCCUUAA